AUGUCUGUACCAGAAGCUAUAAAAAUACCCAAUUGGGAGGAUGACAUCCUGCCUCUCAUCCAGAAACCAUAUUGGGUCGCUAAAAACUCUGAAGCUGCUGGUAGAAAAUGGGUCCGCGAGAUGCUGUAUUGGGGCAACUGGGACCUUUCCAGCUACGAAGAUGUGAGGAAGCGAGCGCCAGGUAUUUACAAUCAUCUCCGCUCCAAGUCAAUGCCUAUCACACGCAAUCCCGAUCAUUAUUGGCCAGAAGAAACCCUCGAACUUUUUCGACUUUGGGCCAACAAUGGUUAUAUGCGAAAUAAACAGGACACUCAGUCAGUUCAAAGUCUUGAGCCUGCCAUCCCUGAGCCUCUGGAACCUCCAAUCUCAUACCGAGUGAGAAAAGAUAUUAUGAGCAUGUCCAGAGAGGAGCUUGUUGAGUAUCAGUCUAAGCUGGAUGACAUCCUUCAUAUUCAAGAGGUUUAUCUUGAAGGGAAAAAGACCAAAUGGCAGGAACUUGGAUUACUUCAUGCAUAUUGGUGUCUGCACUACCAAGAAGCGACGUUUCUUUGGCAUCGAGCAUACUUGAGAUACGUUGAAGAACUGAUCGAUUUUCCCAUCCCUUACUGGAAUGGUUAUGCUGAGGAGGCAUCGGUAUCAUCAUCAAAAUUUGCUGGCAUUCCUCCAAUGUUCUUCGAAGAGACCUAUCAACACCCUCAACUGGGUGAAAGAAAGAAUCCUCUUCUUUAUGCCAAAGCUCUGAAUGGAAAAUCCAAGAAUGGGACCAGCGAUACAGUUACCAGGAACGAAGUUUUAACUGAGGGACCUUCCAAUCAUGGAUGGGAAGCAAAAAUCAAGUGGUUCAAGAUGUAUCAUAUCCAGAUAGCGCAUGCUCUGGAGCAAGCAACAUACACGACAUCGGAGUCAGCACAGCAUUUUGGCAUUCCGUGGGCUAAUAUUGUGGAUUUUAUCGAUAAUCAACCCGACACGGCCUACCCAUUCCGAUGUGACUUUGACGGCCUAUUUGAGCAAGUUCAUGACAAUUUCCAUGGCUGGGUUGGUUAUGAUAUGGCGGACAACACCUACACGGCCUUUGACCCAAUCUUUCUCUCCUACCACGCGAACAUGGAUCGACUAGCUGGCAUCUUUAUGGAUUCCAAUCCAGAGAACCAGUUCACCUCUAGGUUUCCACUGCAGCCUUUUAUGGAUCAAGGCACCAAGGUCAGCUAUGAUGAUCCCCGACGAUGGAUGUACACUACCAUCGGUGACAUGGCCAAAGAUACUCGGGCACUUGGCUACAUGUAUGGCGAGCCCGCUAGCCCUGAUUAUUCUACACCCAAGACCGCUGAGGAGAAGGGACUCUAUAAACCUAGGGCAAGUGGCGGUAAAGCAAUCGCUCUUCCUUUGGGUUUACCGGAACAGGGUAGUGUCAAGGACGGGCCUAGCGCCCGUGCACUUGCUAAGUCACCAAAGCGACAGCUGGUCCCUUACGUUGUUUUCACUGAUGUGGGAUGUACCAUUUCAAGUUAUCGGAUCGAUGUAUACACUGGAAGCGCAAGUUCGACAGAGCCUGAUGUCGCUGGAAAUCCGGAUUUUAUCGGGCAAGUUACGAGACUUGGUAUGGGGCGAGGAACGGAAGGCCAUGGACCGCCAAACACGGGUCGAUGCCGCAAACCAGUCGCGACCAGAGUUCUUCCAGCAGAGAAGUUCAAGCAUCGGCUUGAUAGUGAUAGUGGGGUGAAGAUUGUUGUGACUGACCUGGAGACUGGGAAUGUGGUUGAUGAGAAGGAAUACAGUCUCAUGUCAGGAUUCAUUCCCAAGCUGGUAUGGCUUCCCGGUAAGGAAGAAGAGUGA